AUGCCAUCACUUAAAAGGCUUGUUGUCCCUGCUGGUAAUAGUACUAGGAAAAAGAUAACAUCACUACUGCUGUUAUCAUCAAGCCUAUCAUCAAAUAAGAAGAAUUAUAAAAUUGUGGAAAAUAGUGCAACAAGGAAUUUUUCAUUCCGAACAAAGACGAUCACCCGAGAUGAGCAGCAAGAUCUUGGAGAAAUCAAGUUGAAAGUAGCUAGUGAAUUUAGAGCAUCACCUGAGGAUGCUAGUGAUGCUUUUGUGGAGUAUGCUCAUCAGAAAAAUAGAUUCUAUGGACCAAGAAGUUGGUACAAACCAGAUGUGUAUCCUGAACAAGUUUAUGUUCCAUUGUGGGUUUUUCAAUAUGGUGAUGCUUGUGGAUAUAAAGUAAAAACAAGGAUUACUAUCGAUCCAAGGAAACAAAGAGAAUUAUUGACCAAUUUGUUCGGAGAAAUUGAGGAAGUUAUUCCUGAAAAGGAUCCUCUCAUAUUGACCGCUAAUCCUGAGGAUUUUUCACAAAGAGAUGUACAUCAAAAGCAAAAGAAUCAAAAGAAAAUUUUGAAAGAGUUAAAAUUGGAAGAUGAAAGCAGAUUGAAAGAACUUGCUGAUAUUAUGAAAACAAUUCUGAAAAAUCAAUUUCAAAUUCAAGACCAUACCUUCAAAAUUGAAACUCUUACAAGCUCAGAAAUAACUAUUAGCUGUAUUAUAGAUCAUAUCAAAUUGGACGAACAUGUCGAGCCAACUAAAUUAUUGGGUACUGAAACGAUGGUUGAUGAUUAUGCCACAAUAUAUGCAUCAACUUCUUUUGAGAGAAGGUAUAUCAAUAGAAUUGCAUAUAAAAUAGAUAAGAAAUACCUCACAGACCCUACCUAUAUUUCAAAAAUUAAUUACAAAUUGAAAUGGUAUCAAAAUUUGUGGGAUGAUAUCAAAUCAUGGUUCAAGAGAUCAUCAUUUAAAAGAGAUUAUUCUGUCGAUUAUUAUACUGUCGAUUGGGAAACAUCUUGGUCAUUGGCUUUGGAUAAUACAGUACCUCACAAACUCCAAGAAAGCAUGAAACAAAUUAUCUCCAAAACUAUAACCUCCACAGAAGAACGAACUUUAUUCGAUUCUCCAACUAUUCAACUUUCUAAUUUUAAUAUUGAAAAAACUGAUUUCAAAUUACACAAAAAGGAAAUGAUUUAUAUUCCUGUCUAUGUCAAACAGGAUGUUCUCAAUUUUCCACAUACCCUUAAACUUUUCAGUCCAUUCCAUAUUAGACAUAAGGUUAGAAACUUGUCUCAUGGUGAACAUACGUUCCACUCAUUUACAAACGGCAUUGAUACAAGCUAUGUGACAGGAUAUGUACCAUACAGUUUCCCUAAAUUAUUUUUAUCAUACUUUACAGGAGUUUACUCUGGUUGGGGUAUUAUUUCCUCAUUAUUCCCAUUUAUUGACAUCUAUAGCUCAUUAAUUUAUGGAUUUUUCUUUUCUUUAUUUGCUGCAUUUGGAGCUAGCACAGAGACAUACUACAAACCUUUAUUACAUAAGGAGCACCAUAAGAAGUUUGCUGUCCACGUUCACAACAAGUAUAUUUCCAACAAGCCAUUACAAAAAAUUUACUCGAAUGCCUGGAAGUAUUGUGCUAACCCAUCAGAUGGUAAUACUGCCCUUGCCAUUGAAAUCAGUAAGGGUUGUGAUUUAUACUCUCUUUUAGAACUUGAUGCCCAAAAGUUUAGCUUGUAUACUCAAGAAGAAAUUCGAUCUCAAUAUAAGAAGGCAAGUAUUUUAAAUUCACUCAACCUAACUGUCUCAGCUUGCUAUGAUUUACCAUCCUGA